GGGAGACACAACAAACAUGGAGGCGGCGGGGAAAGGAGUCGUGGCCAGUGGGCGCCGCAAAGUGCAGCGGAGAGUUCAACAAAUGGAACCUCAGUUAACUUAAGCUUAUAAGCAGCUGGUGGAAACAGAAAGAAGAAUUAAAGAGGCAUUACAGUUUUGUGAAUAUCCCCAUAUAUAAUGGAACCUGCAUUCCAAGAGUGGAUUUUUGAUGUCUCUUUCAUUGGUUUGGAAUUUAUUUGGAUAGAUAAGGGACACCAGGACAUAUGUACUUCCUUGUCCUGAAGAAGUGUUCAGAAUGUUAGGAAAAUUGAGGCCCACAACAUUGUGAAGCUGUAGUGUGAAUAUGGGUGAAAAGAAACCAGAACCUUUGGAUUUUGUAAAAGAUUUUCAGGAAUAUUUGACUCAGCAGACUCAACAUGUGAACAUGAUUUCAGGCUCUGUUAGUGGGGACAAGGAAGCUGAGACUCUUCAGGGUGCAGGGACAGAAGGUGAUCAAAAUGGACUAGAUCAUCCUUCAGUUGAAGUCUCGCUGGAUGAAAACUCAGGAGUGUUAGUAGAUGGAUUUGAAAGAACUUUUGAUGGAAAAUUAAAGUGUCGAUAUUGUAACUAUGCCAGCAAAGGAACAGCCCGUCUCAUAGAACAUAUCAGAAUUCACACAGGUGAGAAGCCACAUCGGUGCCAUUUAUGCCCCUUUGCAUCUGCCUAUGAACGUCAUCUGGAAGCUCAUAUGCGAUCACAUACUGGUGAAAAACCUUAUAAAUGUGAACUGUGUUCCUUCCGCUGUAGUGACAGGAGCAACCUGUCACACCAUCGCAGGCGUAAACAUAAAAUGGUGCCUAUAAAGGGAACAAGACCUUCCCUUAGUAGCAAGAAGAUGUGGGGAGUCUUGCAGAAGAAGACCAGUAACUUGGGGUACAGCCGAAGAGCACUAAUUAACUUGAGUCCACCUUCCAUGGUGGUUCAGAAGCCAGAUUACCUUAAUGACUUCACCCAUGAAAUCCCCAACAUUCAGACUGAAGCAUAUGAUAGUAUGACAAAGCCAACAGAGACUGGUGGGUUGCCGAGAGACCCACAAGAUCUUAUGGUAGAUAAUCCUUUAAACCAGCUUUCCACACUAGCAGGACAGUUGUCUAGUCUGCCUCCUGAAAACCAAAACCCACCAUCCCCCGAUGUUGUACCUUGUCAAGAUGAAAAGCCUUUUAUGAUGCAGCAGCCUCCCACACCAGCUAUUCCAGCUGUGGCAACAAGUAUUCCUCGGAGCUCACCCCCUACAAGCCCUGAUCCUCGUCCUGCACAUACUCAAAGAAACUACAGUCCAGUGGCAGGUCCCAGCAGUGACCAUAGUGCCCAUGCCAGUACUCCAAGUAUAAGUAAUAGUCAGCCAAGCACUCCAGCACCAACUCUUCCAGUUCAAGAUCCUCAGCUUCUGCAUCACUGCCAGCACUGUGAUAUGUAUUUUGCUGACAAUAUUCUUUAUACUAUUCAUAUGGGAUGUCAUGGAUUUGAAAACCCUUUCCAGUGUAACAUAUGUGGUUGCAAGUGUAAAAACAAGUAUGACUUUGCUUGCCACUUUGCCCGAGGCCAACAUAACCAGCAUUGAUUGAAUACAAGGAGCAUCUUGCUUUCAUUUAUUUUGUGUGUCUAAAUACAUCGCUAUCUGUCACAUUCUACGAGAGAGGGUGCUUGCCCUGUUGGAAUAAGCAAGCAGUUUAACAUUGGAGGCAA